AUGAAGCUAAAAGCAGAAAAGGCCAACAUGCUGCUCAAUAUCAAAGCUGAUUAUAAGACUAGCCAACAAAAAUUAAUUGAAAGAUUCAAGACUUAUGAGCACAAGGUUCCAUUAUUGACCAAAUCCAUUGAAGUUGAUAUGAGUUGUAGAUAUGAAUCCAUUGUCUACAUCGCCAAAGUAACUGGAUGGGAGACAUCUGAUUCUGGAAGAAGUCAGCCAAUCAUUCUUACUUGUGAAGGUACUGACGGCAAACGAUACCGUCAGCUGGUCAAAUCUGGGGAUGAUAUAAGGCAAGAUUCCCUCAUUCAGCAGAUAUACAGUGAAAUUAACAAGAUGUUACUUGAGAACAUUCCAAGCUUUGACAGUAGUCUACAACUUUGUACCUAUCAAUGCUUUCCAAUAUCUCUGGAAACAGGUGUGCUUGAGUUUGUUGAAAAUACAAUUUCAUUGAAAAAACUUUCAGAACUGGAGGUCAAUAAACAGGAGGGGAUCCGCCAAAUCAUUAUGCCAGAUACCAGGGAACUGACCUGCAUCAGGUCUGUAGCUACCUCUUCGAUUGCUGGGUAUGUGGUUGGUUCAGGGGACAGACACCAAUUGAAUAUCUUGCUGGAUAGGGACACUGGAGAGGUGGUUCAUAUCAAUUUUGGUAUAGCCUUUGAUCAUGGGAGAUGGCUAAAGGUACCAGAACAGGUACCUUUCCGACUUACUAAGGAUAUAAUUGGAGCAUUUGGUAGUCAAGGUACAAAGGGUCCUUUCACAGAAGCUCGCAAGCAUACAUUGAAAGUGUUGCGAAUGAGCAAAGAUACAAUCCUGACAAUGUUGAAAGUCUUCAUCUUCAAUCCUCUUUCAAGCUGGUCGAGGCAACACAUUCCUAAUUGGACAUCCGAAUAUUUUCCAACUUUCAAUCCUUCAAGACCCCCAACUCAAUCUCAGAUGUCCAUUUCCCAUUGUGACAUAGACCAGGAUGACACCAGUAGAAUCAAACUGAGGAGAGGUUUCCCAAAAUCUGUUCAACAGGCUCUGGACAUAGUGAAUAAGGUUGAAAAGAAGCUAGCGGAUGAUUUAGAUGUUGCUGCUCAUAUUGAAGAGCUAAUAUUGCAGGCCACCAACCCAAAAAACCUCAAUUUCAUGCAUCCACGUAAGCUUUGA